GACAACUUCUGUACUUUUCACUGGAGUGGAGGUACACAUUGAAGAAGACUGAAAAACAAUCUGCUUAAGAAUCCUGGCAUUCUGAAUUAGUCUGGGAAUAUGCUGUUACAAAUAGCCUUUUUGCUGCUAAUCUCUAACUUGGUUAAUGGUGGGUUUUAUGCUGAACGAUUCCAAUCACCUACAGGAAUAAAGGGGCCACCACCCAAUCCAAAGACACAGUUUUUCAUUCCUUACACCAUAAAGAGUAAAGGCAUACCAGUAAGAGGAGAACAAGGUCCUCCUGGACCACCAGGCCCCAUAGGCCCUCGAGGACAGCCUGGACCUUCUGGCCCUCCUGGAAAGCCAGGCUAUGGAAGCCCAGGGCCUCAAGGACAGCCAGGCAUGCCAGGACCACCAGGACUCUCUGCAGUUGGGAAACCAGGCAUGCCGGGUCUCCCAGGAAAGCCAGGCGAGAGAGGACGGUAUGGAGAGAAAGGAGACGUUGGACCAGCAGGCUUACCUGGACCGAGAGGUCCACCGGGACCUCCUGGAAUUCCUGGAGCUGCUGGCAUAUCUGUGGCAGGAAAACCAGGCCCCCAGGGGCCAACAGGGGCCCCAGGACCAAGAGGCUUCCCUGGAGAAAAGGGUGUGCCAGGCACCCCUGGUAUGAAUGGACAAAAGGGGGAAAAUGGAUAUGGAGUUCCUGGCAGACCAGGUGAGAGAGGCCACCCAGGGCCCCAGGGUCCCAUGGGACCUCCAGGGCCUGCUGGUAUAGGAAAAAGAGGAGAGAAUGGAUUUCCAGGACAACCUGGGGCCAAAGGAGACAGAGGUUUUCCAGGGGAAACAGGCCCACCUGGCCUACCAGGUCCCCAGGGGCCCCGCGGACAGCCUGGGGCAGCAGGAGUAGGAAAGCCAGGAGUCAGUGGGGCACCAGGCCUGCCAGGGACGCCUGGAACGAAAGGUCUUCCAGGAGCUCCAGGAAUAGCAGGCAUGCCAGGUGCACCUGGGUUUGGUAAGCCAGGUUUGCCAGGGAUAAAAGGGCAGAGAGGGCCUGAAGGCCUUCCAGGGGUUCCAGGAGCCAAAGGAGAACAAGGUCCAGCAGGUCACCCAGGGGAACCAGGUUUGGAUGGGCUCCCAGGGCGCAUGGGGCCCCAAGGACCCAAAGGAAUAUCAGGUAACCAUGGCAUCCCUGGUUCUAAAGGGGAGGCAGGACCUAUAGGCCCUGCAGGGUACCCAGGGGCUAAAGGAGACAGAGGCCUACCUGGGUUAGAAGGAAAACCCGGCUACCCAGGAGAACCAGGUCUCAAUGGUCCCAAGGGCAACCCAGGGUUACCAGGACCAAAAGGAGACAUGGGAUUGGGAGGUCCUCCAGGUCUGCCAGGCCCUAUAGGAGCAGCUGGAGCCAAGGGAAUACCAGGAUACAAUGGGGAGCCAGGACCUAGGGGAGCACCUGGAAUACCAGGCACAAGAGGUCCAGUUGGGCCACCAGGAAUCCAAGGAUUCCCUGGAACUAAAGGAGACCCAGGAAAUCCAGGCCUGCCUGGCCCAGCCGGUAUUGCAACUAAAGGACUCAAUGGACCAAUGGGGCCACCAGGACUACCAGGUCCAAGAGGACAUGAUGGAGAGCCUGGACGUCCAGGGCCCCCAGGACCUCCAGGCCCACCAGGCCAAGCAAUCAUGCCAGAGGGCUUUAUAAAGGCUGGACAAAGGCCAAACUUGUCAGGGACACCUCUAGUAAGUGCAAAUCAGGGUAUAACAGGAAUGCCUGUGUCAGCUUUCACAGUUAUUCUCUCUAAAGCCUACCCAGCAAUAGGUACUCCAAUCCCAUUUGACAAAAUCAUCUAUAACAGGCAACAGCAUUAUGACCCUAGAACUGGAAUUUUUACCUGUAGAAUACCAGGGCUGUACUAUUUUUCCUAUCACGUGCAUGUGAAAGGGACUCAUGUGUGGGUGGGCUUGUAUAAGAAUGGUACCCCCAUAAUGUACACCUAUGAUGAAUAUACAAAAGGAUACUUGGAUCAGGCUUCAGGGAGUGCCAUCAUAGAUCUCACAGAAAAUGACCAAGUAUGGCUACAGCUACCAAAUGCAGAAUCCAAUGGUUUAUAUUCCUCUGAGUAUGUUCAUUCAUCUUUCUCAGGAUUUUUAUUUGCUUUAAUAUAAAAACAGCCUGCAUAGCUAAUCUACAUUGUCUGCUUGAAAAAUGUUUUUAAUGAAAUUUUUCCUAGAAGACUCUCCCCUCCAGCACCAGAACAUUGUAAAAAUUGACUACUUUUCAAAUGACUGGGAAAAGCAAGUUUACCAUUAGGACCAUAAAGUGAAAAAAUAGUAAAUUGCACAUGAAGAUUACUCUUAUUUUAAGUAUUUCUAUAUAUUACAACUAAAUUACCCUAAUAUUUUAUGUGAAAACAUGUGAUAUUGUGUAAUUUCACUCUCUCUGUACUGUACUUCACUAAGAGAAGAAAUAUAACCUCACCACAGAAUCAUCUUUUGGAGACAAGAAGUUAUCUUGUGAACAAGCUUAUAUCAUAGCCUUAAGGGGAUUCAUUUUAACCAUCAGAAACUACUAAGUUUACCUGAAUAUUUUAUAUUAAUUUUUAACACCACAGAGAAAUGUAAUUUUGAAAAUUCUAACUAAAAAUAUAGCUAAUUUAAACACUUAAAAUAAAUGUUUUAUGAUAUAUAUAUAUAUAUAUGUUCCUUAUCUGCUUAAAGUAAAUUAAACAAAACCUUCAUAUUUUAAAAGGAGGAACACUUUUAAAGCCCAGACUGAAAAUGUUUUGAACUUAAAUAUAAAACAAUCUACACAAUUUAUCUUAAAAGUGAAAUAUAUGCCAAAAUCCAAAUCAUAUUUGGAAAGAGAAUAGUUAGCCCUUUGAUUGAAUUCUUUACAAAAAAAUAUCAUUAAUGCCAGAAAGCAAAAGAAAGCCAAACACAAGAAUAAAAGUCUUAGAAGAAAAAGGUUUUUAGACUAAGAUUUGAUUUCAGAAAUUUGACAAUAACUUUCAAAACAUGCCAAAUUCUAACCACUAAUAUUAGUUCAUUUUGAACACUUAGAAAAAGGUACUGUAUCCCUAGUAAACUUGAACCCACAGAUUUGAAAGGUGCUGUACCCUCCAGUACUUUCUGAUGGUGGAUUCUGAGUAGGGUGCAUUCAAGUAUGUUUCCCUACAAUGGUGCUUGUAUGAAUGACAAAAGAAAAAUAUUUUAGCCAUACUAAAGGCCAAAAAAACCUAUUUGAAGCCAUUUUUGUAUACAAGGUGCUUAUUCUUGAAUCACCUCAAAAAUUCAUUUGGUAGCUGAAAAUCUUACUAUCUUCAAAAUAUGGAAAGAUGUCCUGUGAUAAGAGGGCCUUUCAAGUUAAAACACAAAAUAGGGAUAUUUCCUUCUGAUUCAUUUAUUUAAGGCAGUCGGUGCAGAUGAAAGCUGUGUGCAGUCAACUGGUUCACAUGAUGAUUACUGUUUUUGUCAUUAGAAAGUACCUUUUAUUACUUGGCUUCUUUGGAUUUAUUAUAUAGAAAUGUUUUGUUCAUUGGACACUUGUUCAAAUGAAAUUUCAUAAGUAUUUACAGUACAGAAGUCUACUGCAUAUCUUUUAUUUCCAUGAAUUUUAGUGGAAUUAUAACUGGCAUCAAAGGCUUCAACCAUUUAAAUAGAGAUUAUUUAUUUAUGCUCUGUGUUGUAUUUGUAUGUUACUGUUUCAAAAAUUCCAUGACAACCCUGAAUCUUUUGAAAACACAAAUGUUUCUACCUACUCUCUAAUUACAUUGCAACAAAAAAACCAAAAGAAUGGAUUUUUAGGCUGGAUUCAUCUCAAACCACCAUAUUUGCUAUCCUAAUCUGUUCUUUUAAUGCUUUUUGUUUUUCCAAGUUAAUAGAAUGUAAAGCAAUAAACUAGUGGACGUUUUUAAAAGCUUA